AUGGUGGAAUUUCAACAAGGAUUUAAUGGCCUAGUGAAUCAUGGAGCUACUUGUUAUAUGAACACUCUCCUUCAGGCUCUUUUCUGGACACCUGAUUUCCGGAGCAUGAUUUACAACUGGUACAGCACUUCUGAUGCCAGUGGAAAUGAUGAAAAUGAUAUUACCUACCAGCUUAACAAUUUGUUCAGAGACUUGGAGGAAGGGGAAGAACCUGCUAAUCCAAACAAAGUUAUCAAGUGCCUUGGGAUAAAUAACACCUGCAAGCAAGAAGAUGUAGCAACAUAUUUUAGCCUGCUGAUGAAGAAAAUUUCAAACAUUCAAGGACUGGGACAGAAACUUCUGCAGCUCUUCGAGUCUGAACAAGUAUGUGUAGUAAAGUGCAACGAAUGCCAGCAAGAAGACAAAAAGACAACCAAACUUCUUCAAAUCCCAGUGCCGAUUCAGUUAACUGGUUCAAAGCAUUUCAAUUCAGUGGCUGAAACGUUCCAAACAUUUAAGGCAGAAGCAUUAUGUGAUGAGAAUCAAGUCUACUGUGAUAUAUGUGAGAAGAAAUGUGAUGCAAAAAUUCAAUACUACCGCGAGUCUCCACCCGAAGUCCUGGUUCUUCAGCUGAAGAGGUUUUGUUUUGACUCGCGAAGCGAUAGUUAUGUGAAGGAUGAUGCACCCAUUUUAAUAACAAAGAAACUAGAGUUUGAAUGUGUGAGAACAUCUAUCUGCAGUUUAGCUAAAGACUUGGAAUGUAACCAGUCAAGGAUAGUCAAUAAUCUCUUGAAGCUCAAAAAUCCCCAAGACAGCGGUGAUAGCCAUACCUCCCACUCCAAUGCAUUCCGUAAUGUCAGUCUUGUCUCAUGA